AUGACCGAUGCAGACAAUGCCAACAACGAACUGACUAGACGCCCAUUGCCCAGGGCACGCUCAAACUUUGCUGCUCGUACUGCCCGUGACGACACGGAGCGACUGCAUCGCCGCUCUUUUGCCCAGCAGUCACCCCCGGCAUCACCACCGACUGAGGGCACUCCGCUCCUAGCCGGCAGCGGACAGCAGCAUGCCAAUAGCUUGGAUGGCUCGCAAGAGACUGAACAUCAACAGCGAGGUGUAGGCGGAUGGUUCUCUAACUUGUUCACUGCAUCUCGAAAAGCCUCUGGCCAGGAACCCGCAAGUCAUGGCAAGACACCCCCCAUGACCGAGUCCUCCAAACCACGGCCUGGGGCUUUCCCCAGACCCGUUGGAGGCACAGACAAGCUAGGCACCUUUGCCGGCGUCUUCGUCCCCGUCACCCUCAAUGUCUUGUCCAUUUUGAUGUUUCUGCGAUUUGGCUUCCUCCUGGGUCAGGCUGGACUCGUUGGCAUAAUGGCCAUGUUGAUUGCCGCUUAUGCCAUAAAUCUCUUGACUACCCUGAGCAUUUCUGCAAUCGCUACCAACGGCACCGUCAGGGGCGGAGGCGCCUACUACCUCAUCUCGAGAAGUCUGGGACCAGAGUUUGGGGGAAGUAUCGGUAUCGUCUACUACCUUGGCUCCGUCUUCAAUACCUCUCUAAACGCCGUCGGCUUGAUCGACUGUCUCAUUGAGAACUUUGGGACCCAUGGAGGUAACAUGGCAGAGUGGAUGCCCCAGAGCUAUUGGUGGCAGUUCUUAUGGGCUACCAUCGUCUUAGUCGCAUCUACCAUCAUUUGUCUAGCUGGUAGUGGGCUGUUUGCACGUUGUAGCAAUGGACUGCUAGUCGUUCUGCUUAUCGCGACCAUCAGCAUUCCCCUCUCAGCCGUAGCCUUGCCUCCGUUUGCUGAGCCCAAGGAGCAUGUUGUGUUUACAGGCCUUAGUAUGGACACCUUUCGUCAGAACCUGCUUCCUCACUUCACCCGCGGCGCGGCAGGCAGUGUAAUCCAUCACCGUGAAAAUUUCCAAGACCUCUUCGGUAUUCUCUUCCCUGCCACAGGAGGCAUUCUCGCUGGUGCGAGCAUGAGCGGAGACUUGAAGCACCCCAGUAAAGCCAUCCCAAAGGGCACCCUGUACGGCAUAGGGUUGACCUUUGUCCUAUACACCCUUGUCAUUUUUGCCAUGGCGGCAUCCGUAACCCGCGAGACCCUCUACAGUAAUACCAAUGUUAUUCAACUAACCAACAUUUCUGGUGCCGUCAUUCUUGCUGGCGAGAUGGCGACAUCAUUGUUUUCAGUACUCAUGGGUGUUAUUGGUUCCUCCAAGCUCUUGCAAGCUCUUUCUCGAGAUCAUCUUAUUCCAGGACUUUCAUUGUUUGGUCAAGGUACCAAGAAAUCGGAUGAACCAAUCUACGCUAUCGUAAUCACCUAUGUCAUUGCCCAAAUCACCAUGUUUGCCGACAUCAACCAAAUUGCAUCCUUCAUCACAAUGACAUAUCUCAUGACAUUCCUUGUCACCAACUUGGCUUGUUUCUUGCUUAGAAUUGGAUCUGCCCCAAAUUUUCGGCCUUCGUUUCACCAUUUCAGCUGGCAGACAGCUGCGAUGGGAACUGUUGCAUGCGGAGCAACUAUGUUCUUUGUUGAUGGCUUCUAUGCUUCCGGCUGCGUAGGUCUGUUGAUGGUCCUUUUCCUCUUGAUCCAUUACACAACGCCUCCAAAGCCCUGGGGAGACGUCAGUCAAAAUCUCAUCUUCCAUCAGGUUCGAAAAUACCUACUCCGUCUGCGUCAAGAACAUGUCAAGUUCUGGAGACCACAAAUUCUGCUCCUAGUCAAUGAUCCAAGGCGGCAGUAUAAAUUGAUUCAGUUUUGCAACUCUCUGAAGAAAGGAGGCCUCUUUGUCCUAGGACAUGUCAUUGUCUCCGAUAACUUUGGCGAAGCUGUGCCCGAGGCCAGACGGCAACAACAGUCUUGGACAAAGUAUAUUGAUUUCUCCAGGAUCAAAGCGUUUGUGAAUAUCACUAUCUCACCUACCAUAGAGUGGGGUGCUCGCAACAUUGUACUCGGUGCAGGUUUGGGUGGCAUGAGACCAAACAUUGUCGUCAUGGGUUUCUACAAUUUGCCCGAGCUGAGGCAAGCACAGCCAUCAGUGGGAAUCCCAUCACCUCAGCCCUCACGACCUACUAGCAAGGCUGCAAACCACCCCAUAUCUCGGAAGGCUAUACAAGCAGCAGCCAGAUGCCGUGUGACUGGUAACACACACAGUGCGCUCCCUACUGACGCCAUGAAGCCAGAAAAUGCAAUUGCAAUUCGCAGCUAUGUCACCAUCAUAGAAGACCUCAUUACGAGGCUCCAAGCAAACGUUGCCAUAGCCAAGGGCUUUCAAGAGCUUGAGGUACCACCCGCAAAGCCAACAACAAAGCAAAAAACGCUCAAUUUGCUCGGCUUGGGUGAAAUUGAUAUUGACGACCCGUCCAAGGAAUACAUUGAUCUUUGGCCGAUCCAGAUGUCAGCAGAGAUUGCCACUACUGGCGAUGAACCGCUUCGGAAGAACGUUCUAACAACCAACUUUGACACAUAUACACUCAUCCUCCAGCUAGGUUGUAUCUUACACACUGUGCCGUCGUGGAAACGCAUAUACAAGCUGAGGGUAUGUGUCUUCGUCGAAUAUGAGACAGAUGUGGAAGAGGAGCGAGGGCGUGUUUCCACCUUGUUGCGCAAUCUACGUAUCGAGGCCGAGGUCCACGUCUUUUGGCUAUCAUCUGGAGACUUGGGAAUGUACGAGGUCAUCAUCAACGGGCGCGACGAAGGAGACUUUGACCAGACUGGGCGAGAUAUCGAUUACUCUCUCGAAGAUGAGCGCUGGUGGCAAGACAUCAAGCGGCUUCGCCAACCGGAGGGUCUGACUGCCAGUCAGGAAUUGGAGCAGACGGUCGACAUUCUUGAAGCUGUCACAAGCUGGCCAAUUGCUUCGUUUCAACAUGGCAGGCAAGAUGCUAACCCGAAACGCUUCUCUGCACUAAGAAAGAUGUUACGAAAGGCUAAGCGCAGGUCGUCAGUUGGAGAAAGUGGUAGAUUUACAAUGCGGAGUCAGAGGUUGCCUGCCGCUCUACUUGAGGACAGUGACAGUGAUACGCAACCAUCCAUCAAUGCAGAACUUGAGCGAGAAGAUGACGAUGCUGAUGACGAGGGCGUAGCGUCAGAUAGCGAAGCCGUGGUCAGCGGCAGUAACUUCGACGAAUACGAUCUGGACGCAUCAAGUGACGAGGACAAUCAAGAUGGCCCUACCACGUCGCUGCGACGCAGAAAAACAGCACCAAGCACUUCAUUCUUCUCCCGCCAGCUCGACCUCCGCAAGGCUAUCUGGAAAGGCAACCGCAAAGACGCCUCUUCACAAGGCGAAGACAGACCAACCUCACAAUCUGUAACGCCUCUCAAACCCCAUUCCAACGCCAGCGCUUCCGAUACCGCCAUCCUCCGAGCUGAAAAGCAUCCAAAAUCCCACAGCGUAGCCAGCUCCUCCUCCCAGAUCUCUGGCUCCUCCCACCCAAACCCUCCAACCAUCGCUCCCCCCAUCCGCCGCCAAUCUCUCCCAAAAUUCACAUCGAACCCCACCCCCCGCGCCGCCGUCUCCACAGAAGAAGACGCCCGAGGCCCCUCCAUCAUGUUCGUCGAUACCCCCAAACCCAACUUAGCACCCACCGAAAACCCACUCGACACAACCUCUUCUUCCGCCGUCCAAACAAGCACCCUCCCACCCCCUUCCUCCACCCACCCCGCAUCCACCUGCCAACCACCCCCUACCCAACCCGGCACCAGCACAACCCCCUCUCUCGCCUCAGGCUUCCCAACCCACCAAUCCCUACCCCUAUCCUUCAACGACCUCCCUUGCCGCGCCCAGCACCUCAUCCUAAACGAACUCAUGCAACGCCAUAGUUCGAAUACAGCUGUUAUUUUCACAACGCUGCCGAGUCCACUACAAGGCACGUGUGAAAGUGAAGCGGAAAGCGUAAAGUAUAUUAGUGAUUUGGAAGUCUUGUGUCAGGGGUUGCCGCCUACGCUUUUGGUGCAUAGUAAUAGUAUGACUGUUACUAUGAAUUUGUGA